AUGGACGUGAGGGACGUCCACUCUCCCUCUCUCGCUCAGUGACUCUUCAUCUCCAUGUAUAUUUUUGCUGAGUAAACCACCAAACCGCCUUUGCCUCCGUUUGCUGGUUUUGCUUUCGUAGUCGCUGAAGAUCGAAGCUUUAUUACAGGUCUGAGCUGCAAGAGUGAGCAGCAAUGUCUGCAUUCUCACUGUCCUGGUGCUCCAAACCACAAAUGAGACCGCACUUCUUAAGGACUUUAGUUCAAAACCCCCACAUUCGUCCAAAUCAGGACUUGAGACAUUCCAGCUCGGGACAGCAGCCCCGGAUGAGGAGGAGGGUGGCUGUUACCGGCAUUGGGCUGGUGUGUCCCCUGGGCACCGGCACUGCUCUGCCCUGGCAGAACCUGGUCAAAGGUCAAAGUGGGGUCGUUGCUCUGCUCUCAGAGGAGUACAGGACCGUGCCCUGUAAAGUGGCUGCUCUGGUACCUAGAGGGACGGAUGAGGGUCAGUUUAAAGAAGAAAAGUUUGUUUCCCGUGGGGAAAUGAACAGCAUGUCACCAGCCACGGUGAUGGCCCUCGGAGCUGCUCAGCUGGCUCUGGAAGACUCAGGGUGGCAUGCCAGAAGUCCAGAGGACCAGCUCCUUACGGGAGUGGCUGUCGGGAUGGGCAUGGUGUCUUUGGAUGAGAUUGCUCGCACCGCCGCUGCUUUCCGAGAAAAGGGCUACAAUAAAGUGAGCCCCUUCUUUGUUCCCCGCAUCCUUGUGAACAUGGCUGCUGGGCACAUAAGCAUUAAACACGGACUGAAAGGCCCCAACCAUGCUGUGUCCACGGCGUGCACGACGGGUGCUCACGCCAUCGGUGAUGCGGCGAGGUUCAUUGCACAUGGAGAUGCCAUUGCGAUGGUUUCAGGGGGAACAGAGUCCUGCGUGGGACCUCUUUCGAUAGCGGGCUUUGCAAGGGCCCGUGCACUGGCCACUAAGUGGAAUGACGCCCCUACGCUGGCAUCGAGACCCUUCCACCCCGAGAGAGAGGGCUUUGUGAUGGGCGAGGGCGCUGCCGUGCUCCUGCUGGAAGAGCUGGAGCACGCGCUGCACAGAGGAGCCCGGAUCUACGCAGAGGUCCUGGGCUACGGCCUCUCUGGGGACGCUGGCCACAUUACUGCACCUGCUGCAGAUGGAGACGGGGCCUUCAGGUGCAUGUCUGCAGCCCUCAGAGAUGCAGACAUCUCUCCAGGAGAUGUCACAUACAUCAACGCUCACGCCACAUCCACACCUUUAGGUGAUGCAGCAGAAAAUGCAGCCAUCAAGAGACUCUUUCAGCAAAGUGCUGAGAACAUGGCAGUAUCGUCCACAAAAGGAGCUACGGGACAUUUGCUUGGGGCCGCUGGGGCUCUGGAGGCAGCUUUCACCGCUCUGGCCUGCUACCAUGGGGUUCUGCCCCCAACUCUCAACCUGGACCGCACAGAGCCAGGGUUUGACCUAAAUUAUGUUCCCUGCAAAGCACAAGCCUGGCGUAGUCAGGGCCGACGCGUUGCCCUCACAAACUCUUUUGGGUUUGGGGGUACCAACGCUUCAUUGUGUCUCAGCAGUUUCUCAUGAUGCACUAGACAAGAGAGAUUUUUUUCUGACUUUGUUUUUUUUUUCUUGAAAGUCAAAUUUGAUUAAAGCUGUGUUCAUUAUGUCUUUUGUAUAGAUGUGUUCAUCAGCACAACUGAUACCAGUGUUAUAGUUGAGUCACUGAGCCCUGAAUUCAAGUCCAGCUUCAAAUCCACAGUUUUCGAGUCCAAGUUGAGUCCAAGUCAGGUCCAGUUUGGCCACACUUUCCCGUUCACAUGAAUGGGAAAGUGUCCGAAGGUUUGACUGGUAGUUUACAUAUACGUAUAUGUCCAAGUCAGAACA